AUGCCUUUGUCGCCAGCAUCGUCGUCGUCGCCGUCGUCGCGGUCAACAUCGACCAGUGAUGAUGACAACGAUCUGGAAUUGGGGAUCGCCGCGAUUCGCGACGUCGCGAAUCAUUUUCGCUUUGAUCCGCUACAGAGCAGCGACUCGGAAAUGGACGCUGGUCCGAGCAGCGACGAGGAAGUGCCUGCGGACGCACGCAUGGGCCACGCUCACUGGUGCCAAUGCGGCCACUGCCGUCCCAUGGAGACAGAGCUGGAGUCGUUGUGCUGCAAGGACGUGGAACGCGUGCGGGCGCUCAUACCAGAAGAAGUGGGCUGCAUCACCGCACAUCCAACAUUUCAGCAGGCCUGCUUGAACAUUCACACGCUUGCGGUAGCCUAUUAUGCCCUCAUGAACGACCGUCCCGGUCUCCUUGAGGCUCCAGAGAUACACAGGUCAUCGGCUGUAGAGGUGCGGUGA